AUGAAAACAUGGGAGCUUCAUGAAAGUUGGCUGCACUGGAGCAAUUAUCUCAACAGCGAGGAACUCCAGUAUAGCACCCGCUACUAUUACCGAGUCCGCUGGAGCAUCCCGACAUGCAGGAAGCCCAUCCCUCAAGCCACGGCCUGUGUCUAUUUCGUCAUUGAGAUUUCCAAAAUCAAACCCAGAAUGCUGCCAGUUGAAGUAUUCUUUGUGGUGGAAACCAAUAAGCUCAUUCACAGGCCAGGAAAAACUCGCUUUAAGGAGAAGUGGCUCAAAGAUGUAAUUGAAAGUAAGAUUGUCAUGAUGGAGACUGUGGAUUUUUAA